AUGUCUUCUGUAUUCUCAUUACUCUGGCGUGCAUCCAAUGAAGGAUCGAACGCCAUCGACGCGUCAUCGUGGCGACUCAAAAAGGUCAUUUUCGCGGUGAUCAAGGAUGCAUUGUUUCCGAUUGAGAAUCGUCAAGUCCAGCGGUUAGCUGACAGCCAAGGCCACGAAGUCCCAGAACCGUUCCUCCCGUCAAUCCCUCAGCUUCAUUCUUCCGACUUUCUCGACUUCCCGGGUCGAGAGGAGAACGCACCCCAUCACCCGUAUCACUCACUCGCCUUCUUCUGUAUCACUUUUACAUGCAAUACAAAGAUGCCUACCGACCCCAACCAAUCAGAGCCUUGCGAUGAGCCUGAUGGAGACUUGAAGCAUGUACCGUUUGGCGACAGCAGUGGCUCGUUCUCCUCCUCAUUUUCGUCUGCUGAUAAGCUUGAUGGAACCGAAUCUCUGAUUUCCAAUCUUCGACUCUUUAGUUUUGAAAAUAAACGACGCUAUCACAAGUAUAAAGAGGGCCGCUACAUGUUACCAAACGAUGAUAUUGAACAGGACCGAGAGGAUAUAAAACACGCUAUGAUAGUACACGUCUACAAUAGGGCUUUACACAAUGCCCCUUUGCGCAACCCACAAAGAGUUCUCGAUAUAGGAACCGGCACUAGUAUUUAG